CUUGUGACGCACGCGCAGUCUGGUUUUUUGCCCGCCGGCGAGCCCCUGCGGCGAAUGGGUGAGGCCGCCGGACCGUUGAAGGGAGGCGGAGGCUGCGAGGCGGUUGGGCCGCCGCUUCCCUCGCCCGGCGCCGGGUGACAGCGGGCGGGCGGGCGGACGGAGCGGGCGGCGAGAGCGGGCGGCGCCCUGGGUCAAAAUGCAGGAAGCAGAUCUGGUUGCAAAAAUGCUUCGAGCUGUUCUCCAGUCCCAUAAAAACGGAGUCCCCUUUUCUCGUUUGCAAGUAGAAUAUAAAUCUUUAACUGGAGACUGGAUUCCUUUUAAACUGCUGGGGCACCCUUCUUUGGAAGUCUACCUGGAAAGCAUUCCUGGAGUUGUCAGGAUUGAAAUGGGUAGAACCGGUGAGAUCGUUUGUCAUGCUGUGGCAUGCCAGGAAACCCAAAGGAUUGCUCAGCUUGUCGCCCGCCAAAGAACCUCCAAAAAAAACGUAGGAAGGCAAGUGAAUUGCAGGAUGAGGCUGAAAAGAACGGCUCCGCUCACCUUAGUAGGCAAGCCAAAGUGCACUCUGAGAAAGCCUGGAUUCGUGAGUCCCUCAGAAGAAAGCAAGAGGCCUCUGCUCCCACAGUUACAAAGCAGGGGGAGCCAUGCAGUCGUUCGCCCUAGUGUGGGCACUGCACCGUACCCCCUGGCUCCAGCAUUCGGAAGUGGUGAACCAAGAGAAGUCUUAAUACAGGGACGCAUGAUGGUGAUGAACAGACCUGAUAAAAGAUUUGUACUUCCUCCACGAUUUCAGAAAGAACUUCAGGUUCAUCUAUCAAGAAACCUGCCUUACAACUCACAAGAGGCUGUAAAAGAAAUGAAGCAAGAAACACAAACUCUUCCAACUUGUCCUUCAAACAUCGCUAUAAAUGAGAUUCAGAAAAGAAUCAAAGAGAUUCUGAACAGAUUCAGCAAUGGAGUAUCAUUGUCGAAGAUACCGCACCUGUACAAAGAGGUUUAUAAAGAGGACUUUAAUCCAGCCGUACUUCCACUUUUUGAAUACUGGCCUCAUGUUUGUAUGGCACAGAAGGUGUGUUCUGGAGGCCAUAGGGACAUACUUCUCUUCCCUGCCACAAAAGCACGUCUGCCAGCGAAGAGCAUCUCAAGCCAAGAAGGAAGGUCUCAGUCUACAUUAAUCAAAGAGCCUGCACAGAACCAAGGUGCUGCAUUCAGUGGUGACUUUAAGGACAAAAUAGCAGCCAUCCUGUUAAACUAUUCUAAUGGUCUUUGGGCUAAUGCGCUCCCAGAGGUGUACAAAGACACCUACAAAGCAGCGUUUCCACAUGAUGUUCUGAGCCAUCUUGACUCGCUCUCCGAUGUUUGCACUGUCGACUACAUCUCAGGCAACCCGAAAAAAGCAAUCCUUUAUGCAAAAUCAAAACAGAACGUUGAGGAUCUGAAUGUUACUGGUGAAAUCCAAGUACAUGAAGACCUAAAGAGACUGGCAGAGCAAGAGGCUUCUGCCAUAAUGCAGGAAACCCAAGAGCAGAAUUUGGAGGAUAUGACUGUGCCUCCUUUAAUAGUUCCAGAGGAAACAUCACCAUCAGUGUUGGUAGUUGAACUAGACAAUACGAAUGAAGUUGUAAUCAGGUAUGUUGGCAAAGACUAUUCUGCUGCCCAGGAAUUAAUGGAAGACGAGAUGAGGGAUUACUACCGCCAGAACCCCUCCGUUUUCCCAAUACAAUCACCUAAAGUGGGACAGCUUGUUGCUGUGCCUGUAGAGGAAGAUGCUUGGCUGCGGGCACAGAUAAUUGCAGUAGAAGGGAGUAGAAUAAAGGUGUGCUAUGUUGAUUAUGGUUUUAAUGAAAGCAUUCAACAUAUCAGAGCGUACCAACUAGCCAAGCAGUUCUGUUCGCUGCCAUUCCAGGCUUCAAAAUGUAAACUGGCAGGGUUGGAGGCCUUCUGUGAUGACCCUGUUUUGGUGAAAAUGGUGGAUUCUCAAACAUGUGGUAAGAUAUUUGCAGUUGAGAUACUGGAGAAAAGUGACAUUCCUCUCGUUAUCCUGUAUGAUACUUCAGGAGAAGAUGAUAUCAACAUCAAUGCUGUGUGCCUGAAGGCACUUUGUGACACAUCUCUUAAGCUUCAUCUCCAGGUGAAUGCACUCUACACAAAUGUUAGAGUAACCAAUGUCUGUUCAGAUGGGACUUUAUACUGCCAAGUGCCAUCAAAGGGCCUGACCAAACUCGCUGAAUGUUUGCAGAAACUGGAAAACUAUUUCCAGCACAAGCAGGCAGAAGACGCUUCAGUGUCGUCACCUUACUGUGGCAAAAUUUGUUUGUUUAACUCUAAAGGAAAAUGGGCACGUGUGGAGAUAACAAGUGUUCAUAGCAGCCGGGCUCUUGAUGUGCAGUUUAUGGAUACAGGGACGGUAGCAUCUGUAAAAGUAGGGGAGCUGCGAGAGAUUCCUGCCGUGUUUCUGCGUGAAAUCAUUGCAAUCCCACCUCAGGCCACAAAAUGCUGCUUAGCUGACCUUCCUCUUCAUAUUGGCAUGUGGACCCCGGAUGCUGUACUUUGGCUGAGGGAUACAGUAUUAAACUGUCCUGACUGCAGCAUUAAGGUUGUUAAACUGGAUGAAUCCCAUAGAAUUGCACACAUCUAUUUAUUCACACCAAAGAACUUCUCGGACCCAGACCGAAGCAUAAACAGGCAGAUCACUCAUGCGGACUUGUGGAAGCACCAGAAAGACGUCUUUCUGAGUGUCUCUUCUAGUAUUUCCCCCCUUGGGAGGGGGGAAGUGAACUUGCCACAACGGCGAAGCGUUGGUGUCACGAAGGGUCCUGUCGGUUCAGGUCCCCGAGCUGUGGCGCCUGGCAGUGAGGACGUGGCAUGGCCUAUGCCACCACCAUUGCCACUGCCAAAAUCUGGGGAACAAAUAGAUGUCUUUAUUUCACUGGCCUGCCACCCGGGCUACUUUGUCCUCCAGCCUUGGCAGGACCUGCACAAUUUAGAAGUGCUGAUGGAAGAGAUGCUCCUCUACUAUAGCAGAGCAGAUGAAAGGCCCAUAGCUGUGGAAAAGAACAAACUCUAUGCGGCUAAAGUGGAAAACAGGUGGUAUAGAGUGUUAAUAAAAGGAGUUUUGGCCAACGGGCUGGUGUCCGUAUACGAGCUGGACUAUGGAAAACAUGAGCUGCUGAGCAUCCAAAAAGUGCAACCUCUGCCAGAUGCAUUCCGAAAACUGCCGUUUCAGGCCGUAACAGCACUGCUUGCUGGAGUUGAUCAGCAGCAGUGGUCAGAGGAAGCAUCCGUAGUAUUCCGAAAUCACACGGAGAAGAAAGCUUUGGUAGCACAGGUGCAAACAGUUGUUGAUGGGGCUAAUCCAUGGGACCGAAAAGUUGUAGCCUACUUAGUUGACACUUCCCUACCAGACUCGGAUAUAUGGAUUCAUGACCUCAUGACCCAGUACCAUAUGGAGAUUUCAAAAGCUAAUUAAUCUGUUUUUGAAACUUGAGUACCUUUGAGCAAUAAGAAUGGGACAGGCUUUUAAAAUAUGUGAAUGUUAACAUAGCUGUGACUAAAAAUGCUGGAUUACUUCUGGUUUUUGCACUCUUUGAUGCUAAAAUUAACAAAAUACAGAAUGUUUAUCUAUAUUAAAUAAAGUAUGAUAUUCUAUCAGAUCA